AUGUUCAGUUCGUGUGACUCGCUGUGUAUCGUCCAGGAUGACGCGAAUGACUGGGACAGCGAGUCGGGUCGCAUGGCUACAGUCUAUAGCAACGCACAUCUGGUGGUAGCUGCAUCAUCCGCUAGUGAUAGUAGCGAGGGUUUCAUUUCCUCACCAUGUCACAAUCCAGCAUUACCUGUGGCGACCAUGCGAAACGAUGAUGGGAGUUUAUCAACUAUACACGUACGCUCCGAAUAUGCCUCUCAUCAAGAGCUAGGUCCUCUUGACUCACGUGGUUGGGCACUUGAAGAACGCGCUCUCUCUCGUAGAUUGGUCGAUUUCCGUCGCUAUGAAAUGUUUUGGGAGUGCACGCGUUGCAGCUUUUGCGAAUGUGGUCAGUCUUUCUCACAAGUGGGACCGAAGACCAUCUUCCACAGACCAGAAUCAAGCUUCUGCUGGUCUGACCUCAGGAAAGCAUAUCUUCAAAAGGCAUUGACGCAUAGUUCAGAUUUCCUCCCCGCACUUUCUGGCAUCGUUUCACAUAUGCAGAAUUUUGGAGCAGGCGAUUAUUUGGCUGGCUUGUGGAGGACACGUUUGAUCGAUCAGCUGUUGUGGGGCUUCUGGUCACGUCCAGUGGGUCUUCCGUCAGCCAUGCUAGCAGGCGCAGGGCGCAUUCAACCAUACCGAGCACCCACGUGGUCAUGGGCUUCACUCGACACCCAGAACGGCAGACAUAUGAAACUGGGCCACAAUGCAUCCGGCAUGCUUUCGGAUGUCAUUUGUCGCCUUCUGCAUGCUAGCUGCACACCUCGGGGCCGUGAUGAAAACGGCGCAGUCACUUCCGGCAAGAUCGUGUUAGAGGGGAAGCUCAUUAAAUUCAUCUGUCGAGAACACGCUCUAGAUGGGCAAAAUGUGCUACACGUCCAGGACAUGCGACAUGCUUCAUGGCCAGAACAUGUUACGUUGACCAUACUGGAGGCACCUUUUGACCUAGCAGAAGAAAGCUACAAGGACAUCGAACUGUAUGGGAUAGCCCUAGUCCGUCAUCUUAAUUCGGAUGUGAUCAAGUCGGUAAUCACGUACAUUGGUAUCACUCUUCAGAUGUUCGACAAAAAGCUGGGCAUUUAUGAGCGCGUAGGUGUAUGGAAGGGGGAUGUUCAGCGAUGGGUUCCGCUCAGGCGACGACAGGACGUCCCAAUUUGCAAUAUCAACGGCUCAUCGCUUCGAGGAAGCACGGACGUUGGCGCACAUGCCAGACACUACAAUUACGAUUACAUGACGUUCAAAUGUUGUCGAAAACUUCGUACAUGCAGCGGGCAGUAUAUGAAAGACCUGUAUCUAGAAUCUACUGAGUUGUAG